AUGGACGCUUCGUCCAUAAUAACUCAGGUGUCACGGGAUGACGAGCAGUUAAACAACUAUGGAUCUGAUAGAGGAACUGUGGCAGGGCAGCAUGAGGGCGAUGGAACACCAGUAUCGGGGUCCACCCCUAUUGGCACGAAAAAAUCCAGUGGCACCGGUGGUUUUCUCAGAUCAUUACUGUGUUGUUGGCGUGGCGGUCGAGGCAAGGGCCCGCCCAGCGGCAAUGGAACUAACAGCAUCGAUGGUAGGGCUUCGCCCCCGCUCCUCGUUAUGUCGGACCAUGCCCCACGACCAUUACUGCCACCAGUGAGACAUCAGGACAUGCACAAAAAAUGUAUGGUGAUAGAUCUUGAUGAGACGCUGGUGCACAGUUCGUUCAAGCCCAUAAACAACGCAGACUUCGUGGUGCCAGUGGAGAUAGAUGGCGCUGUGCACCAAGUCUACGUGCUGAAGAGGCCGCACGUGGACGAGUUUCUGCGACGCUGCGGGGAGCUCUACGAAUGUGUGCUGUUCACGGCCUCUCUGGCGAAGUACGCGGACCCGGUCGCUGAUCUCUUGGACAGAUGGGGCGUGUUCCGCGCGAGACUGUUCCGGGACAGCUGCGUGUUCCACCGGGGCAACUACGUGAAGGACCUGAACAGCCUCGGCCGGGACUUGCGGAGAGUAGUCAUCGUUGACAACUCGCCCGCUUCCUACAUAUUCCAUCCUGAUAACGCUGUACCUGUCGCGUCAUGGUUCGACGACAUGACGGAUUCGGAGCUAUUGGACUUAAUACCGUUUUUCGAGAAACUGAGUAAGGUUGACAGUGUUUACACAGUGCUGCGUAACUCGAAUCACCCGUACAACCCCACACAGAACACGUCCCCGUCCAUGUAG